UCUUGCUUGCUUGAUGUGCAACCGGGUCUGGCAGAGCGUGCGUCUGUGCGAGGGACAGUGAUGUAAUCGAUGGCAUCAAUGAUGGCAUCACGCAUUGGGGAUGCUUUGGGGCGAAGGACCACCGGCUGCAUGGGUGAGGCGUUCAGCCGUGGUGGAGGAGGAACCUCAGGGGGGGACGAGGAAGGUGUCCCCAACUCCAGCACGGUGAUGGGACACCCAGGCCCCAGCUCUGUGGCACGCUCGCAGCCGGCUUUUAGGCUGGCUCUCGUUUCUGCCUUCCGCUUGCUGAACCGGGGGCUGGAGCGCUUGGUGCCGCCGCCCCCCUCGGCCCGGCGCAACCGCUGGAAGUGGCGCAACAUCUGGACGUCGUUGGCGCACAGCGUGCUCAGCGGCGGCGGGGCGCUGGCCGGGUUCUGCCUCCACCCUGGGAUGUCCGAGGACCUGGUGGGCACGCACCCACCUGGGGCACACAGCCUGGUCGCCGUGUCCGUAGGUUAUUUCCUUGAAGACUUUGUGGACAUGUUGUGCAAUCAGAAACUUCACCAGUCCUGGGAGCUGCUUUUCCAUCACUCCGUGGUGAUUGUCUGCUUUGGUAUUGCAGUGCUGCUCCAUCAGUACGUCGGGUUUGCCCUCGUGGCUUUACUGGUGGAGAUUAACUCCAUCUUCCUCCACCUGCGGCAGAUCCUGCUCAUGGCCAACCUGGUGCACACCACCUGCUACCGCCUCAACAGCAUCAUCAACCUGGGCACCUACGUGGUGUUUCGCAUCGCCACACUGGCCUGGAUGACCCGCUGGCUCUUCCUCAAUCGGGAGAACGUGCCCCCGGCAACGUAUGCCGUGGGCACGGUGGGCAUGGCAAUCAUGACGCCCAUGAACAUCAUCCUCUUCUACCGCCUGCUGCGUAGUGACUUCUUCAAGUCGAGCCGGGACGUGCAGCGGGAAAAGGAGCAAUAGCCCCCUUCCCCGCAGGGUCUGGGGCAUGAGCAGCCCCGAGCCCGUGGAGGAGGACAGCAAAGCGCAGCAGAGAACGAACGUGGCUGUUUCAGUACCUUGCGCGGAGGAUCCACACUAACAGAGCAUCUGGGCUUUUCUUGCGGCUGCAGAUCCUGGGCCCUGCAAAGCGGAGAAGGUGCUCACAGACCCAGGCACUGGGGCUCUGCUUCCCCCGCACCUUUGGAUGACGUGGUCAGAUGAUCGGGAGCUGCUCCGAGAAGCCUCGGCAGCUCUCGCAGCUCUCCAAGGCACCACUAGGAUGAGAAGGGAGCAGAAGAGCACUGUUUCCCCACCGCUUUUCUGGACAUCCAAACACCACAGUGUGUUUCUAACUCCUUUGGUGCUGCAGCCCACAGCGUCCCAUCGGCCAGGGGACACUGUGCUCAGCCCUGCGUUCUCUGUGGCACUUCCUAUGGGAGCAUGACCAGGCAAGAGAGGCUCCAAGGCUUUGCCCUCAAGGCCAAGGCCAGUAAAAGCCAAAUCCUGCAUUCAUGAGUCCUCCCCGAGGAGAUUGUCCCAGGUGGGUGAUGGAGGGAGAGGCUGAGACCUGGCUGGGUGGGGGUCCAGGUGAGGGGCAGAGCACUGGGCAGCAGGUGCUGCGGCGCUGUGCUGGGAGACGGGUGGCCAACUUCUGACAACUGGAGCUUUUUCCGUGUCGUUUUGUUCCCAGAUAUGUUAAGUGCCCAUAAAUGAGCGUGGGAGAGCGUGAGUCGCUGGCCAGGAUGAUGCUACGUGACGGUCACUUCCCACAGAUGUGGAGUUUUCAGGCAUAGGCAUCUAUUAGGAUUUAGGCAUCUAUUAGGAAUGAAAAGUUCUGCUGCAGAGCCCAACGUUACGCUCUUACCUAGCAGCAAGAGCUCUUACUAACACAAGCUUUUAAUAAAUGGCUGCAAAUGAAACGGCUUGAGGGGAAGGGGCUUAGACAGAAAAAGGCACUCAGCGUCCCAGGCUGCUCCAGGGUGUCACUGCUUAGCACAGUGCUGCUUAUCCUAUGUCUCCCUGCCGCGGAGUAAAAAUACACUGUACACUGGCACACUCUACCUCUCUUGGGGUUUUUCCCCCCCGCCUCCUUUCUAUGGAGGAAGAUGAAGGUUUCUCCUGUUCCUACUGACACUCUCUUGCCCUCCUAGGCGAGGGGAGGCUGCGCUUUCCUUGGGGCUGGCAACUGGGAGGCUAAACGGCAGCAGGACAAGCGCCAGCUCUUGCUGUGGCUCUGCCUUUGGCCGUGCUGCCCCGAACUGCUUGUGACCUGCGGGGUUAGGAAAGCGCCGGCUGUGAAAUAGGGCAGGCUGCAGGCAGAGCACCCAGCACGUGGCUUCGCUGCUUUCAUUCCCGAUGCUGGAUGCCAGCUUGCAGCAAAGAUAUGAUCCUUGUGGUUUGCUCUGCCUGUCCCUGGAGCCUUCCUAGGACAAGGAAUCAGAAUUUUUAAAUUUUUUUAACUCCACAUUUCCUUUUCCCCACCGAUUCCCACACACUGAACUGUUCCCCAGCAGCCCAGCACUGUCUAUAAAAGCAAGAUCAUCCCACUCGGGGUUAACGUGUACCGGUUUUGAGAAACCUACUGGAUCUGUCAUGCUUUGUGUGACAAAUAACCUUUAACUCAAAAUCUCUCCUUUGGUUGGAAAAGCUGGGGCACAGGCUGAAAC